AUGAAUAUUAAGUAUGCGAAGUAGUACAAAAAUAUGGACCAGCUGUAGGUGCUAGGAAGAUUAUAAAAUUAAGAAUAUUAACAUACUUUAGGAACUUAAUACUGGAAUUUAUGUAUAAUAAUACAGAAUAGCAAAAUUACUGAUUACUGUGUAGAAUAGAAAUCAGAAGUAGUAGAAUCGGUUCCACUAGCAAAUGCUUUUGUGAUCAUCUAUUUAGUUAACAUAAACAAAUAUUGGGGAAAAAAUUUAAUACAGGAUGUGAAAAUUGCGAAUGCAAUAGAUUUAAUUUUGUACCAUCUAGGCCAGAAGAAUGUGGAAUGUAUUGGUUACCACGAGGAAAAGACUUUAACAUUUUUACAUGAAGACCACCCUGUAAAUGUAAUCAUGGAUGCGAAGAUCAUCUUCCAAAUUAUCCAUUAAGAUGCAAGAACUGAUUUGAUUCUUAUUUUGCUUGUAUAGCAUGUGACAGAAGAUGGGAAUUGCAUGAAACUCUUUUUGAAGAUGAGUCAGAGGGAAAAGCUUUAGGUAAAAUAAUUGGUUAGGAUUAUCUUCCUCUGUCAACAACACCCGAUAUUUAAGUGCAUUUGUUUUUGGAAUUAAAAUACUAAUAAAUGCCUUAAAAAUUACAAUAAGGAUUAGUAGAAAACGAUAAGCCAUUUCCAAAAUAUUCAGUACGAACUAACAAAUAACAACAAUAUACUACUGCUUAUACUAGACCAAAUUAGUAAUAACAAAAGGCUAUUUAAUAAUAAUAGUAAUAAAACAAUAAACUAGUUUAAAAGAAAAAGUGA